GCAGCUCUCCAGCUGCUCGCCAUGACUUUUCUGCAGUGAUUUCUUUAAAAUGUGCAACAGUUAAAGAACAAGUUUUAGAGCAGACUGAUUACCCUGUCAAAAAGCAUGGAACAAGUUCACCUGUGGAACUAAGUUCUGAAGAGCUCCCUGACGGCGAGGAUGACUUUAACUGCAAUGAAACGCGCCGCCCGUUCCAAAUGAACGUCUGCACAAUUGUCUCCUUUGGCAAGCUCAACAAUGGGAAGCCUCUGUCUCAUCCUCUUCAUCCAUCCCCACAAGCGCCUCCCUUCAAAAUCCUGCUGGAGAGAUGUCGCUCCUUACCCCUGUCGCAGAGCACCCCGAUGGGGCUGGACCAGCUGGGCUGGAGGCGGCGGCUCUUGCUGAGCACGGGCGCUGGGAACGACCUGGGUUCAAAGACGCUGGAGGUGCGCAGGGACUGCAGGAACGGCCGGUUGGAGGCCCCGGAAGCCUGGAGCUGAGCAGCUGCUGGUG